AUGAUCUGGGAUACGCUGAUUCAGAGUCAAGACGGGUGCGAUCGGAUACCUUACCAGGAGGAUGCUCAGGUGAUUGCAGAGUGGACGUUGGACUCUUCGUCAGCCCCGGAGGAUGUCACCAUCUCGAAUCAUGCAGCGGAGGUGUGUGGCUGUCAAGCGGACCGUCGAAAUGGCAAGGCCUGUGCGUAUGCCAUGGUUGUAUACCAACCUCUCGCGAACUCGCUCCGCCUGAAGUCGUUCGUUUGGCCGAAUUAUCGUUUUGAAGGAGAUGUGAUAGACGACUCGGUUGUCUGCUCGACGCUGGAAGGUAGAUUGGAAGAUUUGGACUUGGGCGCGUUCGAUGACCUGGCGAAGAAGAAGUACAAAGAAGUGGCGACGGAGUAUCUGCCACCUGCAUUCUGGGACCUUUAUGGAGACGGCGAUGUCGAUCGGAAAGUCGCGCUGAGGAACGAGCUCAUCGAGGUCGGGGCGGAGAGGGUGGUCGAAUCGCAGAAAGAGCGCAGUGGUAUGAUUAGCUCUUCUUAA